ACAGAUGUUGUUUUUGCGGAUCGUUUAUUUGCAUGAUGGGACACUCAGCGCUCUGCAGCCUAUGGGCUACCCAAAAUCCACUUUGACGUCACGCGUAAACUUUUGUAUAAAUGCGCGGCACUGCGGUGUAUACAUGUCUCUUUCCACACAUCAGGCAGAAGGGAAUAGUGGUACCCAGGGUGGACGAGAAGAAACACCACCGUGUAUUAUAGGUCAGGUAUUUGGGGAUAUGCCCACCGUGCGUAAUGACGAGUGUUCCUGUAAAUAGAAGACUGGAGGCUUUCUGAGGGAAGAGGAUCGCAGUAGUUCAUCCUGAGGAGGGGGACAGGAGUUACUUCUUUCUCACUCUAACUUUGGCACAACCGUGCGCGCACAUGUCACCAUCAAACCAGUCUCCAAAUCCAUGGAUGAGCAGGACUCAAAGACAGCAGCAUGGUGGUUGUGGGAGCAAGUAACGGCAGCUUUGGCAACAUGAGGUCGUCCUUCAUGAUAGAAGACCGGACAGGAGGAGCUGGAGAUCCCGGAGGAAACACGAUGAUCUCCGAGGGUCUGGGGCCGCGGCUGCUGAAGAUUGCGCAAGGCGCGGCAGAAGCGGCAGCGGCAGCAGCGGCAGAAGCGGUAGCAACGACGUCUCCAUCCACCUCCAGUCAGCCGCAGGUGAUGGAGAUAAACGGCACGCGGUGCGGGGAGCAGAUUCUGGGCUACGGCCAAUUUGAGAAGGUGCUGAUCGGCGCGGUGCUCACCAUGCUGACGCUGAGCACCAUUUGCGGGAACAUGUUGGUGGUGAUCUCCGUUUGUUUCGUGAAAAAGCUCCGGCAGCCCUCCAACUACCUGAUCGUUUCUCUGGCUGUGGCGGACCUGUCGGUGGCUCUGGCCGUCAUGCCGUUCGUCAGCAUCACAGAUCUGAUCGGGGGUCAGUGGAUCUUCGGUCAGUUCUUCUGUAACGUGUUCAUCGCCAUGGAUGUGAUGUGCUGCACCGCGUCCAUCAUGAGUCUGUGCGUAAUCAGCAUCGAUAG